GGUAGAGGCGCGCUGAUUGGCUGCUGGCGGGCGGAUGUUGCAACGUUCGGAAAGAGAAUGUGGAGACAAUGGCGACUUCGUCAGUGUCCCGGGGUUGUUUUGUCUUCAAGCCAAAAGAUUCCAAAAAGAGAAAGAUACCUGUUGCAGCUGACUUCUUCAAUAAAGGCGAUGCUAUUUCAGAGAGUGACAGGUUGCGGUUUAGUACUUAUGAGUCACUAUGGCAACAGAUGAAAGAGGAAACUGAGAGUUUUCAAGAUAAUUUAAAUGAGAAGAUAUUUGAUAGUUUAUUAUCAUUUAUUAAAAAUUCCCACAUUCACCUUAAUUCGAAAGUAAAUGAUUGGAGCUAUCGGAUGCGAUGCAGUGAAAUUCCCACGGCAGCGGUUGUUCUUGGUGUGAAUGUUCCUGACCAUGAAAUGACGUUUCAAAGAUUUUCAGACCUCGUGAAACAGUCUCUUACCCCACAUGUGGUUUGUCUGCAUGGGAAGGAGUGUACAACUGUGAAGCAGGUUUUACAGAAAGUUCUGAUGCACCUCCUGGGUGGCACUGUGAAUGAUGAAGAGGCAGAAGAGGAGGAUAUGCACCAUUCUACUCCACUCUCCCAGAGGAGAAUACACUGCUCUAUGGCCUCCCUCUCUGGGUGGUACAAAGCUAUCACACAAACAUCAGGCUCAGGGAGCCCGUCCAAAAAGAGGAAAUCCUGUGCCGUUGCGAAGGAGCAGGCCCCUCCUAUUGUCAUCAUUUUCAAAGACCUCGAGACAUUCCUACCCGAAGUUCUGCAGAAUUUCAUUACCAUCUGUAGUAACUAUAUCCAACAGCUGCCUCUAGUGCUGGUUUUUGGAAUUGCCACAUCCCCGAUCACUAUUCACCGAAUGUUGCCUCAUGCAGUUUCCUCACUGCUCUGCAUUGAACUAUUUCAGUCUCUUUCCUGCAGUGAUCACCUGACUACAGUUAUUGAUAAGUUGGUGCUGACGACGAAAUUCCCUUUUAAGUUGAGUGGAAAAGUGCUUCAGGUUUUGAUUGUCAUAUUCCUGUACCAUGAUUUUUCUGUAAGGAAUUUCGUUAAAGGUUUUCAGCUAUCUUUGUUAGAACACUUCUACUCUCAGCCUCUUAGUCUCCUGUGCUGUUCACUAGAUGAGGCCAAUGGCAGGAUUCGGAAUCUUGCCCAUGGUGACUGUGAACGUAUCCGCCAAGUGCCAUCUUUUAUGAGAUAUGUUGAUUGUCAGGAUUCUGAGAAGCAGAUUGAACUUUUGACUAAUGAUCAAUAUUUAAAGGAUGAUGUACAGAAGCUGCUGAAAGACCUCCAUAUUUAUCACGAGAAUUACUUCCCAGUUCUGAAAUGCCUUCAUGUUUUCACAUCUUGUCUUCCAAAAUACCCUUUGGGUAAACAGAUCAGGGAACUCUAUAUCACAUGUUUGGAGAGGAACAUAUGGGAAACGGAGGAGUAUAGCUCUGCCUUCCAAUUGCUUGGAAUGAUGGCAAAUGAUGAACUGGUGUGUCUGCUUCAGAAAUGCAUAGACGUACUAAAGUCUUCCAAGCAACAAAAACCUCUCACUGACAUAAGGCAAAAACUUGAAGAAUUCCUCUCAAAGUUUCAGAAACUGGAUGACAUUGCUCCUGAGAUGCACGACAAAGAAGGCGAUGAAAAUAACAAAACGUCACCAGAGAAAUCACUACAGAAAAAGACUGACCUUUAUGAACUCCAAAAGACCUUGAUGGAAAUGAAGAAAUCAAGAAGAUCCAAAAAACUAAGCAGGUUUGAGGCACUGCGGAUGGAAGUUCUUGAAUUUAUGGACAAACUUGUGAGGCAGUAUCUUUUGCCACCAGAGACCCAGCCACUCCAUGAGGUUGUAUAUUUCAGUGGUGCCAACACUAUUCGUAGACACUUAAAUGCUACCCCUCGCACUGCCUUGCAGACAGCUUUAAGUAAGCCGUACAACUAUCUACAGAAUGAAGCCUUGAGGAGUGAGGGAGGAACCAUUACUAAUACAGCACCUGAUAUUUGUAUAGUCUAUAAACUUCACCUGGAAUGCGGGCGAUUGAUUAACCUGUAUGACUGGUUGCAGGCAUUUAUUACUGUCGUUAGUGCUUCAGAAGGACAGGACCCAGAUAAACCAAGUAAAGGACAGGUGGAUCAGGUUCUGCAUGCUCGUUUUAUUCGUGCUGUUUCUGAGCUGGAGUUUUUGGGCUUUAUUAAACCAACUAAACAGAAGACUGAUCACGUGGCGAGGCUAACGUGGGGUGGCUUCUGAUCACAGUCACCCCAACUUCCUUUCUGUUUUUUUUGAACAUUUUGCACCAGAACUGGAGAUCAUGCUAACAACGUGUUUAUUUAGAAUUUGAUGUGCUAUAGUAUAGAAUGAACAUUUACAAUGGCCAAUAAAAGAUCUAUUUCAUACA